AUGAAACGGGUUUUAUUUAAAUAUGAAAAAUAAUAUUCUGAUCAUCUGCUUAAGUACAAUUUAUAAAUGAUAAUAAUUAAGUAUAAUCAUAGAUUGAUAUGAAGUGCUCAAGAAUAUGGCGGAUAUAAAAUAAUUAAUAUCUCAUUCAUCUAAAUAGUCCAUUUUUAAUCGUUUAUCCUAAAAGGUCAAAGAAGGAGUAAGAUUAAAUUGAUUAACCCUGAAAAAGAAUAAGGAAUUACUAGAUAUUUAAAGGAAUUAGAAUAUUGGUAAUAAUGUAACUUAAGUUAGGCUUAUCAAAAUAACAUGAUGUUACCUUUCCUUAAUCAGAUAUAUUUUCAAAUUUAGGAAAGUUUAGCUAAAGUAAUUCAAGUCAUAUUCUGUUAGGAUUAAUAUAAAAUCAGAUUGGAAUAAGUAUUCUAAAGAGGAAGAAAAUUCAGAUGA